GAGAGAGGGAGAGAGAGAGACAAAGCCAGAGAGAGAGAGGGAGCGAGAGGGAGAGGUGCGCGCGCUCUUCUAUAUAACACAUUAAGAGAGGAUUGGAACCCGUGGCGUGUUUUUCACCCAGGGCCAGAGGAGAUGGCCGCGGAGGGGACUGAGGGACUGGAGCGGUUCGAGAGCCCCGGUAAAGGCAGGGGGCUGCGCGUGAAUAAAGCGUACCGGGUGGGCGAGCUGCUCUUCGUCUGUCCCGCUUACUCGCACGUGCUGUCCGUGAGCGAGCGCAGCUACACGUGCGAGCACUGCUUCACGAGGAAAGAGGGUCUUUCAAAAUGUGGAAAAUGCAAGAAAGCUUUCUACUGCAACGUAGAAUGUCAGAGAGGCGACUGGGCAAUGCACAAACUGGAAUGCUCAGCGAUGUGUUCGUUCGGGGAGAGCUGGUGUCCGUCAGAGACCGUCCGUCUGGUGGCUCGGAUUAUCACCCGCAUGAAAGUUCAGAAAGAGAAAAGUGCAUCAGAGAAACUGCUCCUGUUAAAGGAUCUUGAGUCCAACCUGGACAAGCUGGAUAAUGAGAAAAGGGAGAUGAAUGAGGCGGACAUAGCCGAACUGCAUCACUUCUACUCCAAACAUCUGGAUUUCCCUGAUCACCAGGCUCUGCUUACUCUGUUUGCUCAGGUGCACUGUAACGGUUUCACAGUGGAAGACGAGGAGCUCUCUCACGUCGGAUCAGCGGUGUUUCCAGAUGUUGCGCUGAUGAAUCACAGCUGCUGCCCGAACGUCAUCGUCACCUACAGAGGAACCUCAGCAGAGGUGCGAGCUGUGAAGGAUAUCAGCCCUGGAGAGGAGAUAUACACCAGCUACAUCGACUUGCUUUACCCAACAGAAGACAGAAUGGAGAGACUCAGGGAUUCGUACUACUUUACCUGUGACUGCAUAGAGUGCAAAACCAAAUCCAAGGACAAGGUAAAACUGAAGCUGAGAAAGGUGAAUGGUAAUGAACCGCGCUCAGGGGAGAUCAGGGAAAUGCUUCACUACGCACGAAACGCCAUCGAAGACUUCCGCCGAGCCAAGCAGGAGAAGACCCCUGCAGAGCUGCUGGAGAUAUGUGAGGCCAGCAUGGACAAAAUGGGCUCCAUAUUCGACAACACCAAUGUCUACGUGCUGCACAUGAUGUACCAGGCCAUGGGAGUGUGUAUGUACAUGGAGGAUUAUGAUGGCGCCGUGACCUAUGGAGAGAAAGUCAUAAAGCCGUUCAGGCAGCUGUAUCCAGCCUACUCCCUGAACGUCGCCUCUAUGUAUCUGAAGCUGGGGCGACUCUACGUGGCUCUAGACCGACCGUCUGCAGGAUCCACCGCCCUGAAAAAGGCUUUGGCUAUUAUGGAAGUUGUACAUGGAAAGGACCACGUCUAUGUAAAGGAACUACAGAAAGAGAUCAGCACGCACCAAAAAUAAACACACCCCACGAAAAACUCAAACUCUUUCGUACAAUAAGAUUUAUGUCCUCUGCAGUGUGAAUCGAAUCAAAGAGCUGAUUUUUUUUUUUGUAAAUUUAUAUUUAUUCUCUAGAGCAGGAAAUUUCAUCUCAAGUCCAAGUGGAGAAUUUUAAAAGUUCACUCUUCCUAACCGGGGUGGAAUGUGUACUGAAAAAUCUGCACUCUUGGUCUUGAUUUGGAAAAGCUCUUAGAGGUGAAGCCAAGGACAUUCUGUUGUGUUGAUGAUGCGAAUGCUCCUUGAGGCAUCCUCCUUAUCUGCCCCAGCAUCCUCCAUGAUUGCGUGAGUUCUACACUAGCUUUCUAUGCAAUCUGAUAUGAGAAUAAACAGUCUAAUUGCAAUCACUGGAGUCUGAACAAGUGGAAAAAACAACGAGCAAAAUAAGGAGAGGGGAAUAAUUGUGCAAGUAGCAAGCACAAUUCAGGCAAAGAAAGUAUUGCUACAGCACGUAAGAUGUACACCGUUCUAAAGUACGACUUGUGAAUUAUGAGGUUUGUAAAGAGCAGGAAAAACACUGUAGGAACAUUUCCAGGAAUCAGAGUUGAGAACUUUCUCAACGCCUCAACCUUCUGUAAGGCGUUAUCUUUUUGUACAGUGUUUACGUGGACUGAAGGCUGCUCAAAGACAAAAAUUCUGGUCCAAAAAUGUGCCAUAAUUUCUGUAAACGCAUCCAACAGCAGGGAUCAUUUGGUGGGUCUGUUGAGUGUACACUAGCUAGCUAGCUACAGUCAGCUUGAUCUGUAAGCGAAUCUGAGCGCAAUGCAAGUACAAAUCCGAGCACGUAGCAUGUAAAUCAAACACCAGUUUUUACACGGAUUAGUGAAAUCGUCUCGAAAUAGUUAGCUUUUAAAACUAUUUAUUUGUAGCAUUGGAAACUGCACAGAACCACUAGAGGGCACACAAGAGUAGCAGGCGCGACGUAUACGAGAAACUACAAACAGCAAGCAAUGUGAGCUAUGUGUCGCUUACUAGUGUGAACUUUUAGUAGGUUUAGCAUAUGCACAUGGUUUACUUCAGUAUGUCGAGUCUUGUGUAGUAACGGAUGUGUUUGUAAGUAACCUCUUUGUUGAAGCUGCAAAAUUUUAUCAGCAAUUUUCUUGAAUCCAUAAAGGGGAAGCGUUAUGAAUAAAAAUACAGAACGUUUUUUGGGGGGUCUUGCAAAAGUCUUAGGCACAUGUAAAGAAAUGCUGUCGACCAAAAAUGGCUUAAAAAUAAUGAAACGAAAUGUUUCAACAUUACAAAAAUACUAUAAACAUUAAGCAGUAAGACAUAGUAAAUGAAACGAAGUCAAUAUUUGGUGUGAGACAACCCUUUGCUUUAAAAAAAAAAAAAAAGUAGUUUGUGGUACAAUGAGCUGUAGGUUUUACUGAGCAUCUUACAGAACCAGCCACAGUUCUUCUGGACACUUUGACAGUCACACUCGCUUCUUCAUUUUACACCAAAACCCAGUCACGCUUGUUAUGUUUUCUUUUUUUAAUCUGAAAAGUGUCCGCUUGUGUAAUAUGCUGCUCAGUUAUGAACAAUUUUUUCUGUAAUAUUUCAUUUUGUGCUGAAA